AUGCCUUCCGCCAGCAGCGCCGGCCGAGGUGCCGAACGCUUGUCUUCGUCUGCUUCCCCAGUCUCCUACGACGACCCCAACAAGCCCUCGGCCUCGGAGCUCCAGCAGAAGCGCAUCUGGGCCCGUCUGCUUAAAAGAAUCCGCCCGUCCAAGGAGGAGGCGAAGCAGCUGCCCCCGAGUCUUGUUCCGCUCACUGAGCGCAAUCUAACCGAGUUCUUCAACCCCGACUACCAAGAGGAGCACGAUGCCUUCCACGAAAAUGGCUUCAACUCCUACCAUGAGACUGAGGCUGUCGAGGGCGCGCUGCCCGUAGCCGCCAACUCCCCCCAGAAGCCCCCGUAUGGCCUGUAUGCAGAGAAGCUGUCCGGCACCGCCUUCACCGCGCCCCGCCACGAGAACCAGCAGUCGUGGCUGUACCGCGUCUUGCCCGCCUCGGCCCACAGCAACUUCGAGCCGCGUGAGCAUUCCACCUUCAACACCAACCCAGAGAACAAGCCGUUCGAGAAGAUCCACCAGAUUCCCAACCAGCUGCGGUGGGAUCCCUUUGAUUUGGAUGAGACCGUUGACUGGGUGCACUCCCUGCAUCUGGUCGCCGGCGCCGGCACCCCUGUCAUGAAGACCGGCAUCGGCAUCUACAUCUAUGCUGCCGGCAAGGACAUGGACCCGCACCACGCCUUUUACUCGGCCGAUGGUGAUUUCCUCAUUGUGCCGCAACACGGCACUCUUGAUAUCCAGACGGAGCUGGGCAAGAUGCUGGUGCGGCCCAAUGAGAUCUGCGUGAUCCCGCGUGGCGUGCGCUACCGCGUGACCCUGCCGGAUGGUCCCGUGCGCGGCUACAUCCUCGAGCUAUACCAAGGCCACUUUCAGCUGCCCGAGCUCGGCCCUAUCGGUAGCAACUGUCUGGCCAAUUCCCGUGACUUCCAGGCGCCUGUGGCCUACUUCGACGAAGACACAAACUCCGAGUGGACGCUGCUAUCCAAGUUUGCCGGCCAUCUCUUCGCUGCUAAACAGAACCACACCCCCUUUGACGUUGUGGCGUGGCACGGUCUAUACUACCCCUACAAGUACGACCUGGGCCGCUACAACACCAUCGGCAGUGUCUCAUUCGACCACCCCGACCCCUCCAUCUACACCGUUCUCACCGCCCCAUCUGACCACGCCGGCACCGCCAUUGCUGACUUUGUCAUCUUUCCACCGCGAUGGCUGGUGGGUGAAGACACCUUCCGCCCGCCGUGGUACCAUCGUAACACCAUGUCCGAGUUCAUGGGCCUCAUUCAGGGCCAAUACGACGCCAAGACAGGAGGUGGUUUCCAACCUGCCGGCGCAUCGCUGCACAACGUCAUGUCGGCUCACGGCCCUGAUGCAAACACGCACGAGAAAGCGUCAAACGCUGAGUUGAAGCCUGCCAAGGUUGGCGAGGGCAGCAUGGCCUUCAUGUUUGAAAGCAGCCUGAUGGUUGGGGUCACAGACUGGGGCCUCAAGAAGUGCCAGAAGGUGCAAGAGGGCUACAACGCCGAAAGCUGGGAGCCGCUGAAGCCGCAUUUCAAGCGUCCAACUCCGGCAGACAUCAAGAAUGGCGCGGGUAGCCAGAGUGCGGAGAAGCAGUUGCCGCACUACUCUUAG